AUGACGUCCGUAAAACCUUCGAAGUUGUUUGCCGAUGGCGAUUUCCCCAUGACCUUCUUCCUCAUUCAAGAGAGUAUCAUGACUAGGAUGGUGAUCCAGAACAAGGGUGGUCGGAUCAUCGACAAUCCACAAGACGCUCAUCAUAUCAUCUUCAAUCGAGAUGACGGCUCACCGUCCCUCACACCUAGAAAUAAUGAGGCGAUAAGGGUUCUGAAUCAAGUGAUCGAUUGGCAAUUCGUUUUAGCAUCAACGUGGAUAUCAGAAUGCUGUAAACAAAAUAGAUUGGUGGAAGAGGGGAAUUAUCAGAUCAUUCCCUCAUCAUCUAUCGAAUCCAACGUUCCUCCGACUCCUGUGUCCAGUCUACACGCCCAACCAUUGAUCACUCCCGCAUCAUCGCCUGGGUUCCCAUAUCAACAUGCACCAAUUCUGAGUCAACACGAGCAACCUGAUUCACCUACUCAGUCAUCGAGUCAGACAUGCGAUAGAAAACGACUUGGAGAAGAGGAAGCGGAGGAUAUAAGUGAUGGUGAAAGCUUGACAUCGAAGAAAGUCAAGGUCAACCCACAUCUCGAGCUGAUAUCAUACGGACCACUUAAGGUAUGGAUCAAAGACUCGAAAGAGUAUACCAAUAUCAGAGGAUUACUUGAACCUGAGAAGACAUAUAGGAAAAGAGAGAUCUUCGACAUCUUAGUGAUCGAAAUUGCUAAUUGGGCAAAGACUCAAAAGGAGGUAUAUACAGGUGAUGUGGGGAGGUUUUGCAUGGACGAUCUCAAGAAGAAGAGACCAUGGCGAGAUUGGCGAUGGACUUGGCAAUCGCAACGAGAACACGUCAUGGAGAAACUUCGAAAACUGGGUAUCGAUACCAGGACUUGGAACACCAAGAAGGGUCAAGUGGAGGUGAUUUAUGUUUCGGAUGAUAGUGAUGACGAUCAGCAAGGAGGAGGAGAAGGAAGGGAGCCAGGUGAUGUCGGUAUCACAUUUACGGUCGAUGGAACCACACAUGAUCGAGAUCAAGAAGAUAUAACCAGAGUAAAAAUCGAACAAGACCUUCGGUACGAGCAAGGUGAGGCCUCGACGAUUCCAUUCGAUCUCGAACCGCACGCCAGCUCAAGUCUCCGAUCGGUUGAGCUCGCCCCAGCAGAUUCUGCCUCGAACAUUUCCACCAGCAAUCAAGCUCAACAACCGUUCUCAGGUGCCACAAUGAUCAACGUCGAUAGGAAUGCAUCUGCUCCAUUCACGGACGAGAACGAGAGUGAAGUUGAAAUGAAGCCUGACAUUGAGAGUGAAUAUGGAGACGGCCAAGAAGGGGAAGAACCACCUAUAAGCCUUGUCCAAAAGGAAGAUACACUCGACACAGAUCAUUGGAUUGGGGAACCGCUUAGACGCGAUGCGAGUUGA